UUAAAAAUUCUAAAAAAAAAUCACAAAUAAACAAGGCGAAAUCAGCUGUGCAGCUGCCGACAUUCCCUACAGCUGCCAUGUGGCAACGCCAGCGGGCAUAACCUCAACAUCAACAAAAUAACAGCUGUGACAAUAUAAGCUGAAGGUUUAUCAUCGAAAAUGUCGCGCGCUGCACGUCCCCUGAGCUCAGCUCGCGUUUUUCACAAAAUUAAGGAACUCACGACUCUUCAAAGUGAUGGCAGCUACGCGACCAACCGCAAUCCACGUAAUCUAGAGCGCCUUCGGAUUGCAUACAAGCCGAGAGGUUAUCAUCUGGAGAAACCCGGUCGAUCCUACUGGCAUACGUUAGAGAUCGGCAUGAGUUCACGUUACGUGACCGCAAGUGUAAAGCACUUCGAGAAUGGUACUAUAUUGAGCGCCAGCACAUCAGAGUGGGCCAUCAAGCAGCAAUUGUAUAAAACCAACGACACCGCUGCGUAUGUAAAUCUAGGUCGCGUUUUAGCACAACGUUGCCUGCAGUCGGGCAUUACAGAAAUGACAUGCAAUGUUCAGUCUGUGCCCGGCAGUAAAUUGGACAAAUUAAUAAAAACCGUCCAGGAGAACGGUGUAUCGUUCGAGGAACCAGAACGUUGGAAGAACCCAGAACCCUGGGAUGCCUAUCGACACGAAAAGCCCUGGGAAGUGUCAGAGCAGAAUGUAGACUUACCACCAACGAAAUAGAGGGAAACACAUUAGAUUUGUUUUUUAUGGUGUUUAAAAUAAACGUUUAUUUUUAUGCUAAUUAAAACGAAUCAUUGUUUACGUAAAACUA